CAAUGCCACCUAGAUCUAGCGCCGCAUCAUCAAGGUCCACCACUGCAGAAUCAAAGGCUGAAACUACACCGCCUCGAGCCGAUAUUCUCAACGAGGAUUCUUGGCAGGAGACAUUUCCUCUUCAGUCUAUCUUCUCCCGUCCAUCAGGCCAAGGUUCUCUCUUGUCUCAAACGACUCCCACAUCACCGCCACCUUCACCAUAUUUGCCCAUGUUCCAAGGACACUCGCGCCAAGGAAGUAAUACGUCCGUGUCAAGCACAGCAAGUGCAGCACUUGAACGAUGCAUAGCACGCCUCCAAGCAGGAUUUGAUGCCCGACGCAUGACACCCAUUUCGCCGCUCAGUACGGCUUUCCCCGCCCCGCUUCGCAUCCGAAAAUCGCCUUCGCUGCCACCAGGCUCAUGGAUGCGGCGACCAUCCACAUUGUCGCAGACAGGGUUGAAGGAAUUAGAAAUCGACAAGAAAUUACCCCCAACACCCUUUCCUUUCGGAUCUCCCGAAUGAGGUGAUUCUCAGUGUAGAUGACAUGAGAAUAAGAGGAAAAACAGCACAAAAGAGUGAUUGUCUAUCAUCACAGGGAAACCAACCAUACACACGCUCACUAUGUACAUAUAAGGAAAGCCACAAGCCAGUCACCUUGAAAGAACAGGUACUCUUGUAAUUGCGCGCGCUGCAAAAGUCUGCGAUGCCUCCUCCCCCUAAAGGAGCCCUGACUUUUUGCCCGAUAGCUGCGUAGCUGCCUGCAGCCACUCUCCGCCCCCCUCUUCCUCCCACGACAAGUUGUGUGGUAAUAGGAGGAGUGACGUGUCAGGCAGCUUCUUCGAGGAUUUAGAAGUGAAGCUAUACACAAUAAUAUUAAAGUAGUAUUUUUUGAAAAAAAAAACUUCCCCCCCCCC